GAUGACCAGAGACUGCGGAUGUACUACAGGAGAUGACCAGAGACUGCGGAUAUAGUACAGGAGAUGACCAGAGACUGCAGACACAGUACAGGAGAAGGACCAGAGACUGCUGACAUAGUACAGGAGAUGACCAGAGACUGUGGAUGUACUACAGGAGAUGGACCAGAGACUGCGGACAUAGUACAGGAGAUGACCAGAGACUGCAGACACAGUACAGGAGAAGGACCAGAGACUGCUGACAUAGUACAGGAGAUGACCAGAGACUGCGGACAGUACAGGGGAUGACCAGAGACUGCAGACAGUACAGGGGAUGACCAGAGACUGCGGACAG